AUGAACCAAGAUCCUAAUGAAAAGGAUAUGAUAGGAGAUCUUUUAGAUGAUAGUUUUGAAAAUGUCGCCAAAAUCAAAAAAUCAUAUACAUCAAAUAGACCCCCUGUUCUAUAAAUUAAUUAGAAUCAUAAUUCAUCUCCAAUAUAUUACCCAAAAGUAUAUUCUCCUCAAGUGCAGCAAAAACAAAAUUCUUACGAUUUAGAUUUAAGACUCACCAAAGUCCCUGUCUAAUAGAGUGCUCCAAAUUCAGCAUUAAAACCAAAAUCCUAUGAUUAUGCAACGCAAUUUAAUCCGGAUGAUGAAACUCCCUUGGACGGAGAUUUAAUAUCUAAAUGCAAAGAUUAGAACGGGGCUAGAAACAUUCAAAAAGCCUUUCAAGAAGGAUCUUAGGCUAUCAGAGAAUAAAUUUUUAACAAACUAGAAAAGGGGCUGUUGUCUCUCUCAAAAGAUGUCUUUGGAAAUUAUGUCAUCCAAAAUCUGCUUGAAUUUGGAACUUCUAUUCAAUAAUAAAAAAUACUAGCCAUUUUAUAACCUCACUCCUCACAAUUAGCAUUUCAUCAAUAUGGCUGUAGAGUUCUAUAAAAGUUAUUAUAAAAUGCCCAUAAUACAGCAGAUUUUCCAAUCUUAUUCGACACGUUUAAAAAUAAAGUGAGAGAGUUAGUAAUUGAUUAACAUGGAAAUCAUGUAGUUUAGAAAUUAAUCUAAUUGAUGGAAAAUGAUAUAAGUUUAUGGGUCUUAGAUGGGAUUGAAGGAUAAGUCAACAAACUUGUGAUUAAUUCAUUUGGUUGUAGAAUAAUUUAAAAAGCUGUCUCUAUUUCUGCUAAUCAUCCUGAUAGAUAAAUGAAAAUUUUAUUUGAAAUUAUGAGGUUAGCUUAUGAACUCUGUAUUUCCCAAUAUGGAAAUUAUAUCAUUCAAUAGCUAUUGAAGGAAGGGCCUCUUGUAAUCAAAAACAUAAUUUAAUAAAUAAUAAUGGAAAAAUUAGAGGAAUAUAGUUUAAAUAAGUUUGGAAGUAAUGUCGUUGAUUGUGCAAUCAAAUGCUCUGAUAAUUAGUUCAAACUAAAAAUUAUGGAAUUGUUACUGAGUCAAAAUAAUUCGUAAGUGCUCUUUGUAAGAUUGUCUACGAACGCAUAUGGCAAUUAUGUAGUUUAAAAUUUUUUUAAAUGCGCAGAUUCAGAAAUACAAAAAGAACUGUAUUUAAAAAUUACUAAUAAUUAAUAACUUCUGUAAGAAAUACAAUAAUAUAAAUUUGGUAACUUAUAAUUUAAUAUCUUUCAAGGUCAGUUUGUUUACUAAAUGUUGACUUAGAAAUUAGAAUUGGAAUCCUUCAAUUUAUGA